AUGUCCUUACAACCAAAUCAAGAAGAAGCUCCAAACACUCAAGAAUCGUUGUUGGUAACCGAUGAGGAUGCAAAUUCAAUGAACGCUAAUAAUGUCAAUACAGAAUCCUUGUUAAAUAAUAAUAAUGAAGUUGCAGUAUCGCCACUCGCAAAUAAAUCGUCGGAAGAGUCAACCGAUCGUACGAACAGAGAGCAACAAUCUCAAAUUCAUAAUACAACAUUAAAAGGAGUGCCGUAUUACCGAAUGAACCUUGAGGAAUUGUAUUUGACUCUACUGUCCGAAACCAAGUCAGAGCCAAAUGUGAAUAACAAGAAGAACCUUGCUCCAAAUCAUCAUGACACAACAACAUCUCAGGAAGAAAACAUCAGCGGAGCCCAAAACGCCCAAAACUCGAAUUUUGGAAGACAUAUUUUCGAGCAAACGGGACUGAGUGAAGUACAAGUGAGUCAUCAACGAGAAAAGUACGGAGAAAACAAUAUUUUCACAAAAUUAAUUGAAAAAUCAAAUUCGAAAUUAUCUUUUUGGAAAGUGUUUAUCAACGAAGUUCAAGAGCCAAUGAUUUUACUUUUAUUUGUCGUGGGACUUUUGUAUGUGAUUUGGGACAGCUCUAUUUGGAAUGGAUUGGUUAUUUUCAUUUGUAUUUUAUUGAUGGUAAUUGUAGAGGUUGUAAAUGAGUAUAGAUCAAAGAAAGGCGUUCAACAGUUGAAAUCUACUUUUGAAAUGUCCAAGAAAUGUACAGUAAGGAGAAAUGGAGAGUUAAAAUCUAUUAUGGUGACAGACCUCGUUCCUGGAGAUGUCCUACGGCUUAACGUUGGACAAGUUUUACCUGCUGACGUUCGUUUAUUUAAUAGUGAAAGUGGAAAAGUUAAUAUCCAAGUCGAUCAAUCCGCUCUCACGGGAGAAUCUCUGUUGUGUAACAAACAUGGAGAUGCCAUUGACACAACUCAUGAACUUUCCAUGAUGGAAUGCAAUAAUAUUUUGUUUGCAGGAACGUAUAUUGUGAAGGGGAAGGGUUUUGGAGUUGUGAUCAACAUUGGCUGCGAUAAUACCCAUCUUGGAUCAGUUUUGAAUUUACUUGAAAAAGCCAAUGAGAAAGAAAAGAAAACAGAGCUUCAAAAAACCAUGAAAGAUUUGGCUAAAUAUUUAACAAUCGCUUCAAUCUCUAUCACGGCUAUAAUAGUAAUUGUGGGUUGGAUUCGUGGUUUCGAAUGGCGAAGAAUGCUUUUGGCAGGCCUCUCCGUAAUGUUUGCCACAAUACCUGAAGAGUUGCCAAUCAUUAUUAAGAGCGUACUUGCCUUGGGUUCUCUACAAUUGAGUAAGAAGAACUUACUCAUCAAAAAACUUCACGUCCCUGAAUCAAUGGCAACAACAACUCACAUUUUGACAGACAAGACAGGAACUAUGACCAAAAACUGUCUACAACUUACGGAAGUUUACCAGCUAAAUGAACAUGGAAGCCUUUCUUGUGUUUUUAGACACAAGAAAAAACGUGAUAAUGCUUCGUUUGUGUCUCAUUGGAUUUUAGAUUGGCUUCUGUCUGAUAGUUCUAUAAUAUCUAGUAUUAAUGAACUCGAAGAUCCAUUCGAAAAAGCGGUAGUUGAAGAACUUUCUUCCACAUUAGAAGACACUUUCACAAAAAUCCUCGAAAAAAGAAAUCAAAGUAGUGUCAAACGUCUCGAAGAAUUUAGUUUCGAUCAUCAAAAAGGUUUCUCUUCAAUUGUGAUAUCCUCUGACAUGUCACCAAAAACGAUCUAUUCCAAAGGUAUUCCAGAAAAAAUUCUAGAAUACUGCAAUCAUUUUCAAGCGUCUUCCAAUAGAGAUCUUGUGUUGAACCUCGAAGCUGACAGCAAACAAGCACUUUCAAACUAUUUAGAAAAAGCAACCACACGUGGAAUGAGAGUGAUUGGACUUUGCCGAGAAAAUGAAAACUCUGAACGAAUUUUCACAUGUUUUUUGUCCUUCAUUGACCCUAUUCGACCUGGAGUGAAGCAAGCAAUUAAGCAAUGUAAAGAAGCUGGUAUAAGAGUAGUGAUGAUCAGCGGAGAUCACACAAAUACAGCAGUAGCAGUUGCAGACGAAUGUGGCCUCUUGCAAUUCCAUCCAAAAAGAGGUGCAGAUGAAGAAGAAGAAAUUGAGCUUGGAGAAUCCGCUUCUGAAAAAAAGAAGCAAUGUAUUGAAGGUAAAGAUGUGAACGAAAAUGUGAAUUUUGAUACUGAGGUCUGCGUAGUUUCAAGAGCAACACCAAAAAACAAGUACGAUAUUGUUGAACUGUUGCGAAACAAGUACAAUUAUAAUGUAAUUGUUAGUGGAGAUGGAAUUAAUGACGCUGCUGCCUUAGACAAUGCUACAGUGGGUGUGGCGAUGGGUAAAAGUGGAGUGGAUUUGGCAAAGGAAUCAGCUGAUGUUAUUCUCACAGAUGACAAUUUCUCUACCAUUGUGACAGGAAUUAUGGAAGGAAGAAAACUCUAUGAGAAUCUUAGAAAAUCAAUUCAAUUUUACCUCUCUUGCAAGGUUACCCUUGUUUCAUUAUUUAUCAUUAAUAUCAUUAUUGGAGGUUCGAAAUACGUUCCAUUUAUUCCCAUGGAUCCCAUUCAGAUCAUUCUACUGGAAUUAUUCAGUGAUAUUGGAGCAGCUACUGCGUUUGUUAUUGAAAAUGAGGAAGAAGACAUUAUGAAAAAACCUCCCAAAAAAGACAAACAAUUUGUGGAUGCCUCUUUUCUAUUUCACAUAGCGAUUGGAUCUGCCUCAUUAUUUAUAUCUGUAUUCUUAUCCUAUUUAAUUGGAGCAUUUCUAUUAGGCCCAAUGUACAACUUGGAAGCAAAAUCACAUGAACAAUAUUCUCAAUCUAUGGCAAUGAUGGCUUGGCUGAUUGGACAUGUCACACUUGCAUUCAACAUGAGAACUACUACUUCUCCUCUGUUCAUUCAUGGAUUAUUCACGAAUGUCAUGAUGAAUAUUUGGAUUGCAGUUGUUGGAGUUUCUGUUUUUAUUUUACAACUUUUUACGCCAUUAUCAGCAGCUCUCAAGAUUCAAAAUUUAGGAUUUACAGGUUGGGUGAUUAUUCUAUUGUUGUCCAUUCUGUGUAUUUGUUGGCUGGAGGUUUACAAAUGGAUGAGAAGAGGUUUUUCAUUGUUGCUUUUUAGAGGACCAAUGGACAACCAUCCAUACACAAUAAUCAAUAGUGAGGACAAUUAA